AUGCCUUCCGUUGUACUGGAAACACCGACGCUUGAGUCCCUGCAGGCUCCAUUUCCUUUGGCAUUCCCUGUGCCCACCCCGGUCACUCAUCCUGACCUCGUGUCUCCAAAAGACAUCCACCGUGAGGAGGAUCUUCUCCGCAACCCUUCUUCCUUCCGUCACUGGUGGACUGCGAUUCAUAGCACGAGAGAUGCUCAGAACGCUCUGCAGAAGCUCGAAAAGUCAUCCGGCCUCGAGCCUGAAGUGGCAGCUCUUCUAGGACCUCUUGCCUCUCCCGCUGCUCGGAAGUCACUACAACGUCUCACGUAUCUAUACGAGGCCGCUCUCGUUCACUUUUCGGCUUCUUUUAAACUAUGGAAGUCGUAUCUUCAUAUGCGCAUGUCUUAUGUGCUGGGCAAGCAACUUAUUAGGAAGAGGGCGGGUGGGCGGAAGAAGUUUCCUGAGAUGAAGGAUGCGCUGGAGGAGGAGCAGGAGGAUCUGGAGGAAUGGGAAGGUGGAUUAGACGGCGUCGUCGGCUGGGAAGAGUGGAAGGCUCUCGUUGCUACCUUCGAGCGCGCUCUUAUGUGGCUACCGAAGCUGCCUAGGCUAUGGCUCAUGUAUGCCUCAAUCUUCAAUCACCCCCGAUGUCCUUCUGUACUCUCGCACUCCCAUGCUCGCCGAACAUUUGACCGUGCUCUUCGAACUCUUCCUCCAUCCCUUCACCACCGAAUAUGGGUGCGUUAUCUCCUUUGGGCGGAGAAAAAGGGUGGAACUACCACUGUUGCAGUCUAUAGAAGAUACCUUGCUGUCGAUCCUAGCGUCACUGAACGCUACACCGCUCUCCUUCUCUCACCAAGCAAUCCCUCCCCACGCCCCUUGGAAGCUGCUAAGCUUUUAUUAUCCCUUGCCCGCAAGGCUGCUCGAGGAGAAUACACGAGCCCCGAAGGCAAAAGCCCAUAUCAGCUUCUCGGAGAAUGGUUAGACGUUGUCGAAUCUCAUGCCGAAGAGGUUGGUUUGGAUGCCGAUGAGACUGCGGAGGCAGUCGAAGCCGAGAAGACGGUAGAGAACGAGAACGAGAACGCCAACGUCGCUCAAAUUUCUCCUCAACCUGCCUCCGUGGGUGGACAACUCAUUCGCUUUGCCGGUCCUCCCGUCACUGUCACAGCCGCCGGCGAGCCAGCGCCUCCGUACGAUGAAGAUGAGGAUCCAACCAGUGCUCGAAAGCUCAAUAUUGAGAAAAUUAUUCGUCAGGAUGGCCUUGCGAAAUACAAAGAUCAAGCGGGACGGCUCUGGACUGGGCUUGCAACGUACUGGAUCAAGCGCGGCGAGUUUGAUAGGGCGAAGGCAACAUUCGAGUCUGGAAUUGGAUCCGUUCUCACCAUUCGUGACUUCACGCAGAUCUUCGACGCAUACGCAGAGUUCAGCGAAUCUUUGAUCAGUGCUUUAAUGGACAACUUGGCGAAUCUUGAUGAGGACGAUGAUGAGGAAGAAGCACAGGCGGAAACAGAUGCAAGGAUGAAGGAGUUCGAAGCUUUGAUGGACCGGAGACCGUUCUUGGUUAACGAUGUGUUGAUUCGGCGAAAUCCUAACGACGUGCAAGAAUGGGAGAAGCGGGUCGCUCUUUGGGGCAAAGACGAUGAGAAGGUUGCCGAAACAUAUACCCAGGCGCUCUCAACCAUCAACCCUCGCAAAGCAACGGCCAACUUCCACCGUCUGUAUAUCAACUUUUCCUACUUCUACGAGGAGGGAGGUGCGACGGGACAGGCCGAAGUCGAUCUCGACAAUGCUAGGAAAAUUCUGGAGAAGGCGACCAAAGUCAACUUCAGAACUGUCGAAGACCUCGCAGAGGUUUGGUGUGAGUGGUCUGAGAUGGAGAUACGGCAGGAGCAAUAUGACGAGGCUAUCCGCGUCAUGCAGCGCGCUGCUGCGAUCCCGAAGAACACCAAGAUCAAUUACCAUGACCAUUCUCUUCCAGUCCAGGCCCGCCUGUUCAAGUCUCUCAAGUUGUGGUCCUUCUAUGUCGACCUUGAAGAAUCCUUGGGGACGGUUGAGUCCACCAAGGCAGUCUAUGACAAAAUCUUGGAGCUACGCAUCGCGAAUGCUCAGGUUCUCGUGAAUUACGCUGCAUUCCUCGAGGAAAAUAAAUAUUUCGAAGAGAGCUAUAAGGUCUACGAACGAGGCGUCGAACUGUUCACUUUUCCUGUUUCAUUUGAAAUCUGGAAUAUAUACCUUUCGAAGUUCAUCAAACGCUAUGGCGGCACUAAACUGGAACGUGCUCGCGAUCUCUUUGAACAAGCACUUGAAAAAUGCCCACCCAAGUCAUGUAAACCAAUCUUCCUGAUGUAUGCUCAACUAGAAGAGGACCAUGGUUUGGCAAAGCGUGCAAUGACGAUAUAUGAUCGCGCGACCCAAGCUGUUGCGGACGAAGACAAAUUCUCAAUGUUCACGAUCUACAUCGCAAAAGCCGCCGCAAACUACGGCCUUCCUGCCACCCGACCUAUCUAUGAACGUGCAUUGGAAGUCCUUCCAGACCGGCAAACCGCGCAAUUGUGCCUACGCUUCGCCUCACUUGAACGCAAACUCGGGGAAAUCGAUCGUGCACGAGCAAUCUACGCACAUGCCUCUCAAUUCUGCGACCCUCGCGUCAACCCCGACUUUUGGGCAGAGUGGCAUGCCUUCGAGAUCGAUACGGGUUCAGAAGACACCUUUAGGGAGAUGCUUAGGAUCAAGAGAAGUGUGCAGGCGCAAUUCAACACGGAGGCGAGUUAUUUGGCUGCGCAGACCAUGGCGACAAGAUCAGGUGCACCUGCGAAGGCAGUCAGCAACGACGUGGCGGCGACGGCAGAUCCGAUGGCUGCAGCGGAAAAACAGGCGGGCGGUGGAAAGAGUGGUCCGGCGUUUGUCGCUGCGAAGCGUAGCGCAGUACAGAAUGAGGAUACGGAAUCGCCGAAACCCGCAGAGUCAAGGGACCGGCGGUAUGGCCGAAGAAUUUCUGAUACCGAUGUGACUUCGAAAGAGAUGAGCAGGAAUCGCGCUCAGCACGAAAAGUGGUACACACCGAACUUUUCCAAGGGCCAGGUGGUCCAGAGGGGCUCCUCGCGGACCCAGGUCCAUCCUUUCAUUUUGAUCACUAGAUCCAUGUCUGCUAUGCGGUCUUCCAUGAACGACAGCUUCGGGCCUACGAUCCGCGUUCGAGGCUCAAGAAUUAACGACGUUGAUGUAUAUGCAAGAAUGGACCCAGAUGCGCCGAUCAAGGUCAACAACAACCACAAGCCAGCAGAGUUCCUGAGGGCAGAGGCGGAGCUCGUCCUGGACGAGGCAAGGAGACAAAAGGCGGAGAAGAAUAAGGAUCUCGGCGAGCCCAUAAAGCUCCAGGGUGUUCCCAUAGACAUUAAGAUUCGUGGGAGACACAUCUGGAUCGCAGAGAAUACCGCCAUUGCUCGAAAGAUGGAUUUGGAAAGUUGCGGGCUCUGGGGACGGGAAGAUAUUGAUAACUGGUUCAUGGGACCAGACCAUCAAGCUGUGGGACACAGACACGAAAGCCUUGAUCUCGUCAACGCCAGCCCACGAGGACUUUGUCAAGGUACUUCUAGUGAUACCUUCCCUCAACCUUCUGGUCUCAGGAAGCUCUGACAAAGUAGUACGCUUUUGGGACCUAUCGUCGCCCUCUUCAUUAGAGCCGCUACCCUCGCUAGGCUCGAUAUCCGCCCACACACGACCGGUCGAAGCUCUCGAUGUCCACAUUUCUCCCGACGGCGAAUCAAAAUCCUCGGUAGUACUGUUCACUGCUGACACGAUGGGCAUGAUCAAGGCAUGGGAUCUAAGUAGGCAAGGCGGAGACCGGCCGAUAUGGCGAAGCACUCUGCGCGAUGACCUCGGAUACCACCGGACGCGGGUGAACGAGCUGAUGUACGGAGAUGGGCACCUAUGGACAGCCUCGUCUGAUGAGACGAUCCAGAUCUAUCAAUACCCCCCGCCCCCAUCUAGCCAGAAGCAGCCGAAGCCAGUGCCCCCCAUCACCCACCCCACCGGGUUCAGGGCCGUCCUGCCGCUCCCGAUCCACCCCCAGCUGGACGCAGACGCGUUCCCGUAUCUGCUCGGGGGGAGCGGCGAUCUCAUCCGUGUGUACGACAUCUCGUCGCUCGAGGAGCCCGAGUUCAUCCGUGAGGUCGAGGGCCACUGGCACGACGUGACGCAUCUGCGCGUGUGGUUGAGGGAUCGGAAAGAAGGGAAGGGGAAGGAGGUGUGGAUCGUGAGCGCGAGUCUCGAUGGGACGAUUAGGAAAUGGAGGUUGGCCGACAUAGUUGUUCCGCCCAAGCCCGUCCCAGAGGAGAAGAAGGAAGCUACGAUCGCGGUACCACCUCCAAAGGCCGGGGGUGCAUUUGAGAUGACAGAAGAAGAGGAACGGGAGCUUGCAGAACUGAUGGAGGACGAUUGAACAUCUUCUGACCGAUGACAGCCACGAAGCCCAUCGCACCGUUAACAUACAAUAUCGCCCUGUAAGUUAUUAUACACAAAACCAAGCUCUUCGCCUUCUGUGGCUGAAUGACGAAGCUGUUCGCCGACGCAAGGCUCUUGGCUGCCGUGGUGACGAGUUCGUCGACGCUUCAGAAAAUGAUAUCCGGAAAUUAGCCUUGCACAGAGUCGUCAAGGCAGGUGCUUACAUGUCCUUCGCUGGCUUGAUAUCCUGUACAUGAAUGAGAACCGGAAUAGCCCC